AGCAGAGUUCUCUCUCUCUCUCUCGGCCCAACACCAACACCUUCUCUAUCUCUUGAAUUCCAUCUCUCUCUCUCUCUCUCUCUCUCUCUCUCUCUCUCUCUCUCUCUGUUUAUAGAAGAGAAAGGCAGGAAUGGCGAAAAUCGGGAAGACCAUUCUCGAUUCGGGAUGGCUAGCAGCGAGAUCAACGGACAUCAAUCUCAACGGCAUUCAGCUGACAACUACUGAUCCCCCCGCCGGGCCAUCGUCACCGUGGAUGGAGGCUGUGGUCCCCGGAACCGUUUUAGGAACCUUGGUAAAGAACAAUGUCGUGCCAGACCCUUUCUUUGGAUUGGAGAAUGAGGCAAUAAUAGAUAUUGCUGAUUCUGGGAGGGAGUACUACACGUUCUGGUUUUUCACAACAUUUCAGUGUAAAAUGUCAGGCAAUCAACAUGUAGAUCUGAACUUCCGUGCGAUUAAUUACUCUGCAGAGGUGUAUUUGAAUGGGCACAAAAAGGUCCUGCCGAAAGGGAUGUUUCGAAGGCAUUCUCUGGACGUUACUGAUAUUAUGCGUCCUGACGGACAAAACCUGCUGGCUGUUCUUGUUUAUCCUCCCGACCAUCCUGGAAGCAUUCCUGCGGAGGGAGGCCAAGGUGGUGAUCACGAGAUUGGAAAAGAUGUUGCUGCUCAAUAUGUUGAGGGUUGGGAUUGGAUGACCCCAAUAAGGGAUAGGAACACUGGCAUCUGGGACGAGGUAUCCAUAUCUGUUACGGGGCCUGUAAAGAUAAUUGACCCUCACUUGGUUUCAACAUUCUUUGACGGUUAUAAGAGAAUCUAUCUGCACACCACAGCUGAGUUUGAAAAUACAAGUUCCUGGGUUGCCGAAUGUUCUUUGAAUCUCCAAGUGACUACUGAACUUGAGGGAAGCAUUUGCUUGGUUGAACAUCUUCAAAAGCAGGACUUUUCGAUUCCAGCUGGGGCACGUGUUGAAUAUACAUUUCCUCCGCUUUUUUUCUACAAGCCCAAUUUGUGGUGGCCAAAUGGCAUGGGCAAACAGUCUCUAUACAAUGUUGGUAUCACUGUUGAUGUGAAGGGAUAUGGUGAGUCCGCUUCAUGGAGCCAUCACUUUGGAUUCCGCAAGAUUGAGAGUACCAUAGAUGAAGCUACUGGUGGAAGACUGUUCAAAGUAAAUGGGCAACCUAUUUUCAUUCGUGGAGGCAAUUGGAUAUUAUCAGACGGGCUAUUACGGCUUUCAGAGAAACGAUACAAAACAGACAUCAAGUUUCAUGCAGAUAUGAAUUUCAACAUGAUCCGCUGUUGGGGUGGUGGGUUGGCUGAGAGACCAGAAUUCUAUCACUAUUGUGAUGUUUACGGCUUGCUGGUGUGGCAAGAGUUCUGGAUAACAGGAGAUUGUGAUGGACGAGGUAAACCGGUAUCAAAUCCAAAUGGACCUUUGGAUCAUGACCUUUUCCUGCUGUGUGCCAGGGACACAGUCAAGCUCCUAAGAAAUCAUCCCAGUCUUGCUCUUUGGGUGGGAGGGAAUGAACAAACUCCUCCAGAUGACAUUAACAAAGCUCUGAAAAAUGACCUGAAGCUCCAUCCGUCUUUCGAAUCCCAUGUUGGGAAGCCCAAUUCCACAGAUGAUUUACACGAGGGGUCAGUGGAUCCUAGCACAUAUCUUGACGGGACUCGUGUUUACAUCCAAGGAUCCAUGUGGGAUGGUUUUGCAAAUGGGAAGGGAGACUUCACAGAUGGCCCAUAUGAAAUCCAGAAUCCUGAAGACUUCUUCAAGGAUGAUUUCUACCAAUAUGGAUUCAACCCAGAAGUUGGCUCCGUGGGAAUGCCUGUUGCAGCUACCAUCAGAGCGACAAUGCCUCCAGAAGGAUGGCAGUUGCCGGUGUUUAAGAAAUUAUCAAAUGGGUACAUAGAAGAGGCCCCAAACCCCAUAUGGGAGUACCACAAAUACAUUCCGUAUUCAAAGCCAGGAAAGGUUCAUGAUCAGAUUGAACUCUAUGGAUCCGCAAAGGACCUCGAUGACUUCUGUGAGAAGGCACAGCUUGUUAACUACGUCCAGUAUAGAGCUCUUCUAGAGGGGUGGACUUCUCGCAUGUGGACCAAAUACACAGGUGUUCUGAUUUGGAAGACUCAGAACCCUUGGACAGGUCUUCGGGGUCAGUUCUAUGAUCAUCUCCAUGAUCAGACUGCAGGUUUUUAUGGCUGCCGCUGUGCUGCAGAACCAAUUCAUGUUCAGCUUAAUCUAUCAACAUAUUUUAUAGAGGUAGUAAAUACCACUUCAAAUCCACUGUCUGAUGUUGCAGUAGAAGCUUCAGUUUGGGAUCUAGAUGGAACUUGUCCAUACUAUAAGGUAACGGAUAAGCUCACAAUACCAGCCAAGAAAGUCCUAUCGACUAUCGAAAUGAAAUAUCCGAAGUCUAAGACUGCUAAGCCAGUAUAUUUCCUUCUCCUCAAACUCUUUAACGUGUCGGACAAUGGCAUUUUAUCGAGAAACUUUUAUUGGUUGCAUCUGAGUGGCGGUGAUUACAAGCUAUUGGAGUCGUAUCGGACGAAGAAAGUACCACUCAAGAUACACUCUCAAAUUUUCAUUAUGGGGUCCACCUACCAAAUGCAAAUGCAGGUGCACAACACAUCCAAGAACAUGACAUCAAAGAAUCUGAUCUACCAGAAUCAGACUGUCAAUACACAGGACGGCAAUGAUUAUGAUAGUAAUUCAAUGCAUUUGCCUGAAGAGGUGGUUGCAGAAAAACAGGACAUUGGUUUGUUGAGGAGAAUUUUUAGAGGUUUCUCAAGGAAAGGUGAUGGUUUGAGGGUGGUUGAAACAGAGGGGUUGGACGAAGGAGUUGCAUUUUUCCUUCAUUUCUCUGUCCAUGCAGUAAAGAAAGACGUUAAAAAGGGGGAAGACACUCGAAUUCUCCCGGUCCAUUAUUCCGAUAACUAUUUCUCAUUGGUGCCAGGUGAGAAAAUGCCAAUCACUAUUUCUUUUGAGGUACCUCCUGGGGUCACACCGCGGGUCACGCUUCGUGGUUGGAAUUACCAUCAUGGCCAUUCUGUCUAUUGAUGGAGCUCUGAUGGCUGGCUGCAGCGAGGGGUUAAUUUCAUUUAUCCUAUUUCAACAUUCAAAGGAGGGAAAGGCCAAAGAUUCAAUGACCAGGAGCUUCCAAUUUGGGUGAAUUGUCCAUCUAUCAUGGGCGCCAUUAGAUCAACGGCUUGGACAGAACAAUCAGAGGUUCCAACUAAGUUCCGAGUAGGGAACUCACCCUCUUUGUUGAUAUUAAUUUUGUGUUAAAGAUUGCUUUAUCUAAAUAUUUAUUUAUCAGUUUUUAA